CUGCGGUGUCGCUUAGCAUCAAUAUAAUUUCCAAUAAAGUUAUUGGAGUAACCACAAGCUAUGUCGUUAUUUUACACAAGCCGCGAAGUGCGAAUGAUAAAUGAUAGAAAGCGGAAGAAAGAAAUGUCCGACGCAGGCGUUGAGAAAGACUUAGGUCAGAUGUAUUCCUGCGAUUUCUGCUCGGACGAAUACGACAGUGAGACGGAACUCCAUGUUCACAGGAAGGUGAAACAUCGCGAGCAGGUGGCUAAAAUACUAACAGAGGAUACAAGCUGCAAGAUAUGCGUCAGGGAACACAAAGACUUUGAGGAACUGUUGAAACACACAAAAUCUACACAUCUCUUGAGCUCAGAAGAUGCUGAGCACGUUCACCGCGAAAUCUUCAUCUGCGACGUCUGCAACCUGAUGUAUUUCAACAAGAAGAUGCUCGAGAUCCACAUGCAAUACAUGCACGAUCCCGAACACAAGUAUAAAAUCACCGGAGCAUGCCCCAAAUGCAACAAGCAAAUCCAGAUCAAACAGGCCUGGUUCCAUUUUCAACGUCACCUGAUCCAAAGCGUCGCUUGCUGCCAAAUAUGUUUCAAAAAGUGUAGAAACCGGGCAGACUUACGUGACCAUCUCAGAAUACAUCCGAGCUACUACCAUUGUACGCUCUGCGGUUACGAAAGUAAAGUCAAAGAGAGCUUUACGGCGCAUAUGCAGGCGCAUAACAGCAAUUUGCAUGAAAGCGGGAACAUUGCGAUAAACGAAAGCAUGUUGUGGAAAUGCUUCGCUCCGAGGAAGAAUGCGAAAAAGAGCACUUGUAAUACUGGGAUUAAAGGUUUAUGUUUGAGAGAUUUGUUUGUGUGUGUGUUGUGUAGAGGGCUGUGUAAGGUAGACGAGAGAGCGGCACACAUAGCCAAGUAUCAUUUGGUGGAUAUAGUGGCUACAAAGAAACUGUACAUGUGUGUGUGCGGGGAACAGUUUUUUAACAAUGUGUUGUUGAAGCAUCAUGUGUUCAAGUUGAAAGGAGAGCACAGAGCAUGUGACGAGCAUAUGACUCGUAGUAUACGUAUCCUCUAGUCCACCAUAUAAGAAUGAAUAUUGGCAGUUAAUGCAAAUCAAAAUGUUAGAAAAUAAGAUUGAAUUUUUGAUUAAAAUUCAAAUUAAUUAACCUUUUCAAUGCCAAGCGGCGCAUCCAUUUGCCGUGCCACUGACGCCGCGGGGGUAAAAUUUCGUUUUGUGAAUAAAUAAUGCCAACCAAAAGGUGAGUUUUUAGUAGAUUUUCAUCAAAAAACGAUCGACGUCAAAUGCCGCCUUUGGCGUCGUUGUCACGAUUUUGAGUUGACGUCAAUUGCCUUCAAAAGGUUAAAACUAAUGCAUGUUUGGUCCUAUUCAAAAUGCAUAAAAUCAUACAAGUUAAUUUGGUGAAUCAAGUUUUUUAGUGCAACUGGCGGUCUAGCAUAAGUGGCAUUCCCGCGCGCGCGUUCAUAUACUUGAAGUCGCACUAGAUGUAUGGUGUCGCGCAUAAUAACAAUUAUAUAGAGUCGGACCAAAAAAAGUCUGCAGCGGACUUGAUAGCCCACGCAGAGCAAGUGUCAUUUAUACGUCAUAAUUUCAUAGAAAUUUGACAUCUAAAAUGACACCUUCACUGCGUGGGCUAUCAAAUCCGCUGCAGACUAUUCUUGGUCUGACUCUGCGUCCCCUGACUCACUGGUUAAUUAUAAGCGCGUUACUGGCCUCAAUUAGGUAUGAAUCGUUUGUCUUUAUCUGUCAUUUAGAAUUAUGUAUUUGUAAGAAAGGGAUAAAUCAUAAUUUAACUUUCUACAACGGGUCUCUACAACUAUCAACUCCUUGAUAUAUUAUGUAGCAAGGACCGCUUGAAGUAUAUAAUACAUUAUUAAAUGCGCCAGCAUUUUUAUUAGUACUAGAUAUAAUAUAUUUUUUAUUAUACAUUAAAUAUUAGUUGACAAUCAUA